AUGAAGGAAAGAGAGACGAGAGAGAGAAACAAUAAUAACCUCCUGGACCUGCAUAGCAAGGCUGCCGCGGAUCAUGUGCAGAGUAAGGUUGUCAACGCUUUGAAGGACCAUUGCAGUACGGCACAACCGAACAAAUUGGCCAGAAUCGUUGAGCAGGUCUAUGCAUUCGAUGAGUUCCAUAUGUUAGGCGCUGCAAUGAUUGAAUGCUGUCUCGUUCAUCAUAUAAGUCUACCUCCACAUCUCAUACGCACCACUGAGGUCCCGAGGACACCGCUCCGGAGCGCUGACACAGUCCAACCACAACAGCCAUUGCUUCAUCAGAGCACAUCACAUUUUGCGCCUCUUACACACGCCUAUUGA